UUUUUUCUCUCUGAGGCCGAGCGGCGAAUGUGACCUGAAUGCAGCACAUGAUUUAGCGAUGAAACGAGACGAAAACUCAUUCAGAACUGCUGAAGAAUCCGUGACGCGUUUCAUCGCCUGAUAACCCGCAAGCUGCUAGAAAAGAUCAUGUCGGCGCGCAUCAAUAAAGAAACGGAAUAUUAGUGAAAGGACGGUCGCAUCCCCCGACACCAGACAUUUUUUUCUUUCCUUUUCUUUUUUCGUAUGGAUUUGUGAUGGCAGAGAUCAUGGUGUGACGGCUUUUUAGGUGGCAUUGGAAGACUAUAGACACAUAGACACACGGCGGUGUGUCGGCGCUCAGUGAGCGCUGAAUGUGUCGUUGGUGCGGGGAGGAUUACUGCACGUUUCCCCCUCUCCGUCCGCGCCACAUCGGAGAAGCGGAGAGAGACGGGCCACGAGGGACACGACGGGAACAGUUUACCGCUGGAGGCAUUAAUAACCCGGGCUUUGUCGUUCAGGAAGUGGAUUUAAUGGUUUUACUUUAAGCAGACAUCGAUCGUGGACCGCAGCAUUUCACGUUCGUUUCUUCCUGCAGUGAGUGAUACAGAGGCAUCAGUGCCGAUAAGCGCGCUCACUACACUACUGCAUUUUUUGGGGCAAAGAUAGACUGCGGAUACUUGCUAUAUAUGGCUGUGUAGCUUCCACGGAGGAGGGCCAAUCCCCUCAUUUCGUUGCAUUUUUUCUCACAAUGCGUUUUAUCCGAAUGCACUUGGGAGAUUUUUAGCCCAGAGUCAUUUGGCCGUUCCACUAUCUGCCGUCUCCUCUCCAAUUGCAAGAUUAUCGGGAGGGGAAAAACACCCAGCAGCGCAUCCCCGAUGGCAUGGACACUUCCGCAGGGUCUGCCGCGCCGCCGUGCUACCGGAGCCCGUUCGCAGCCCGCCCGAGCCCGCGCCGAGCCAAAGCAGGCGGCAUGAGGCUCGAGCCGGUGCCCUUCUCCAUGCUGGUCAUCGGGGUCGCGUUCGCGUGCCACUCCCCGAGCCCGAGCUCGCUGCGGGAGCGCGCCCGCCACUCCGCCGUGGUGAUUGAGGGCCGUGUGCAGUCGGCGCCCCACAACGCUUCGGGCGCCGAGCCCUACCGGGUGGACGUCAAGGUGCUGGACGUGUGGCCGCGGCACAGCGGCGGCCUCGAGCGCGAGCAGCUCGUCACCGUGCGCGAGCUGGGCCCUACGAGCGGGCCGUGCGCGCGCGUGCUCAACGACCACCGGUACAUCUUCUUCAUGGACCCCACCGACGAGCCCCUGGUGUUCAGGGCGUCGUACGCGCCCCUUGAAGCCAGUGGCAUGGAUGUGAAAAAAGACGUCGGGAAGAUCUUGUGCGAGGACUGCGGAGCUCCUACAAUAAAACCUUUGCGGAGCCCGGUGGUGGUGGCGGAAGGAGCCCCGAUAACAGUGAAAUGUGAGGCCUCGGGUAAAUCUCCCCUGUCCUAUAAGUGGUACAAAGAUGGCAACAUUCUGAAUAAGAGCAAACAAGUCAAGAUCAGAGGCAAGAAGAAAAACAAGGUCCAGAUUACUAGUGCUCGGCUGGAGGACUCUGGGAAUUACAUGUGUGUAGUGGAGAACGACAGUGGGAGCAGCAACAGCACAAGCACCGUUCAUGUCCAAAGCAUAACCACAGCGUUACCUCCGGGCUCAGGCCACGAAAGAAGAUGCAACGAGACAGAGAAGGGAUACUGCGUGAACAACGGCGAGUGUUACUUCAUCCAUGGUAUAAAUCAGCUCUCCUGCAAGUGUCCAAAUGACUUUAAUGGCGAUCGCUGUCAAACCUACGUUAUGGCCAGUUUCUACCAGUCUCUUGGGAUUGAGUUUAUGGAGGCAGAGGAGCUCUAUCAGAAGAGAGUCCUGACAAUCACAGGCAUCUGCGUGGCUUUGUUGGUGGUGGGCAUCGUGUGCGUGGUGGCGUACUGCAAAACCAACCUCCCCCCUAGGAAACAGAGGAAGAAGAUGCACAAUCACCUGAGGCAGAACAUGUGUCUGGAUCACCCCAAUCGCAGCCUGGCCAACGGGCCCAACCACCCGGGCCCUGGCCCUGAGGAGAUCCCAAUGGUGGAUUAUAUCUCAAAGAACGUCCCAGCUACUGAGAGAGUGAUGAGAGACGCAGCAGAGACCUCGUUUGCCGGCAGCCAUCAUUCUUCCAGAUCUCACAAUUCCUCCACCCGAGCCCACUCCUCUACACACAGACAUGACGAGAAGACGUGGAGCCUGGAGCGGACGGACAGCGUGCUGUCAGACUGUCCCUCGGGUGUGCUCUCGUCCUCUGUGGGCACCAGUAAGUGCAGCAGUCCGGCGUGUAUGGAGGCACGAGCGCGUCGUGCCGCUCACUGCGGAUACCCCGAGUCCCGCCGGCCACCGAUGCGCUAUGGAGACUCCUUCGACUCGCUCGACUCACCACACAGCGACAGGUACGUGUCAGCCCUGACUACGCCAGCACGCUUGUCUCCAGUGGACUUCCAUUACUCACUGCCUCCACAGGUGCCUACCUUCCAGAUCACGUCUCCCAAUGCCAGCCACGCCAUGUCUCUGCCGCCAGCUGCCCGCACCCCCUACCGACCUGAGGAGGACCAGCCACUGCUUCGCUGCUACCAGCUGCCUCUGCACGAGGCCCAGCGCCACGAGCCCUACCAGCAGCGGAUACAACAGCAGCGGGCACGCUCCUACCUGCAGGACAGUGCAGGCAGCCUGCCCUCCAGUCCAUACCGGCUGGCCCAGAACGACGAUGAGUACGAGAGCACGCAGGAGUGCCCGCCCUCACUGGAGCAACCAAAGAGAAGCAGCGGACGCUGGCACAGGUCCAGACUGAAUGGGCACGUGGCACCGCAGGGCUACAGGCCACCCCGGGACUUGGGCUCACGCAGCUGCCUGUCGGACAGUGAGUCGGAGGAGGGCGAGGAGGGCGAGAGCACGCCUUUCCUCAGCAUGCAGAACAUAAACACACCCGAGCCCUCAGCCAUCUACAGGCCCGCGCCGCCCACACACACACGGACUUCCCACACACAGAGCAGACACACGCAGCAGCAGCACGCACGCUCCAAACCGGACAGAGCUGCCCACUAAAGACACAGUCCACCUACCCACCCGCGAAAUCUGUAUACCUAUAGACCUGCACCUAUAAAAAAAUAUUUUUUAUUUUAUAUAACUAACAGAUAUUCUAAACAAAUGAAAUAUUUAUUUUCAUUUUAGCAAAAAAAGUUGUCUACUAGUUAACAGCAAAGACUUUUUUUUAUAGGGAAAACUCUAUUUAUAUGUACAUUUUGAUUUACAGCAUAAAAGAGACGUGCCAAUUUUUUCACAACUUAAAGAAAUAGAAUAAUAUUGUGGUGCCUUUUGCUGUAUGCCGAUGCCAGAGGGCCAGUGGAGUUUUUGUAGCCUUUCUUAUAAGGACGCCUCAUUUUUAUACGCACUCUUUCGUUGUCUCUUUUUUGGCCUUUUGUUUUCCUUAUCCUCGUGUUCUUUCGGGAGCUGACCCAACCAUUUGAGCAGUGACAUUUCCUCCCCCUUUCACAUCAUGCAAUAUAAACCACUCUUAAGGUGUAUGUUUACAAGAAUAUAAUUCACAUGUUAAAUGAUUAUGUUGCUUUCCUAACAGGAACUUAAUGACAAAUGCAACUGGGACAGGGGCUUAUUUUGUUUUGUUUUGUUUUGUUUUUCCAAUGAAACAGAAGAAAAGCAUGUGAUGUGCAUUCAGAUGUCCAGCUGAGUGUGUGUAGACGUGUUGCACACCUGUGUGAGCAGAAGGAGGGAGAGGUCUAAUUUUCCAGACUAGUGUCCAUUUAUCAGACUUCACACUACUGAAUCAAGGGUCAUGAGCUUGUUCCGAACUGAGAGGCAGAAACCUGUCCAUCUGUAGCAGAUGCUGUGGAGGUUUUGUCGAUGGCUUUGUCAUUGGAGAGCCUCCGCACUCCGAUCCUCUCUUCCUAAACAGUCCUGUUCCACUCUCUCUCAUUCUGUCCAUCCUGUCCUUCUAGCCAGGCUGAAAUAGAAACUUUUAAAGAGUCCACUGAUGAAUUUUAGAAAACAGAACACAUUAAACAUUUCUUUCAUUAAGAGAAACAUAAAAAAAACAAAAUGAGGAAAAUAUUGUUCGCAAGGCCGGGGCUUUUUUUAUUUUCAAGAAUGAAAGAGAGAGAGGUGAACAGCCACGUAGUGUCUCAGGACAACCCCUCCUCUAACCUUCCUCCCUCCAACACAGGUCUGAAGUAAAAGGAAAACUCUCGCAGUCUUAUGAAUGUAUAAGCUCCCUCUUCCAUCCCCAUCCAUGCUGGGAAUCUCAUCAUAACACACACACACACACACAAAAGACAAGACAAAUAGCUGUGAAACUUCCUUCCUUGGGGCCAUAAAAAUAUGCCAAAAUAUGCAAGCUUUAUAUUUUACCGGUUGUUUUCUGAAAGAACCAUAGUGCAUUGUGUGAAAACUGUGACGCUUGAUUUGAGUUUGGUGUACUUGAGUUGAGCUCCCCUUAAUUCUAAUCAAUCAGACCACCAAAUCAUGACACAUUGCUCACCAUGGCCAUCUCGGAGUCCAGGCAAGACCAAAGCGGACGGCUCUAGUCCCACAUGAGUCCGUCGUUCAGGACGUUCGUAAUGCCGAUCAUCUUAUAGAAGUUCCUGAACACUUACUCAUGCUAACAAUUGGCCAAGAUGUCUCUGGAAAGUAAAUGCGAAGAUUUCGGUGUAAUGUCAGAUGUGAAGGAAUACAUCAGUGGCAUAGAUCAUUCAGGAAAUCCAGAAAAGGGAGGAAUGGAAUGAUGAUUAAAAAUCUGUGAUGAGAUAAGCAAAGAAAAAUAAUAUAUACUUAAAAUCUAGAUCCUAACAUGUUUCUCCUGCUCUGUUGUGGUGGCAUCAGAGCAAGAGAAAUGUAUUAUAUGAAAAAAUAUAUAUA